AUGGGGCUGGGGGCCUGGCUGCGCUCGCUGGGCGGCUGCUGCGGCUGCUGCGGCGGCGGCGGCGAGGCGGCGGCGGCGGCCGAGAAGGAGCCUCUGCUGAGCAACAACAACCCGUACGCCUCCUUUGGGGCCACGCUGGCGCGGGACGAGGAGCAGAACCUGUGGAGCACCCCCCACGACAUGACCCACACCGAGGCGGAUGACGACCGCAUACUCUACAACAUGAUCGUGGUGAGGAACCAGCUGGACACAGACUCAGAGGAAUGGCAGAAGCUCAAUUAUGAUAUUUAUACCUUACGACAAACCCGAAAAGAAGUGAGAAGCAGGUGGAAACACAUUUUGGAAGAUUUAGGUUUCCAGAAGGAAGCAGACUCCCUGUUAUCAGUGACGAAACUCAGCAUUAUCAGUGAUUCCCAGAACAUGGGCAAAGCCCGGGAGAUCCUGCUAAAGCUCUCUGAAGAGACAAACAUCUUCCCAACCAGCUGGGAGCUUUCUGAGCGGUACCUUUUCGUGCUGGAUCGGCUUAUAGCCCUUGACGCUGCAGAUGAGUUCUUCAGGAUGGCCAGCGUGGUGUACCCCAAGAGACCCAGUGGGGAAAGAGCAGACGACAGUCAGAAGGCAACGCAACACAUUUCUGCGAUGCCCUGAGCAGAUGGCCUCGCGGAUGCGGUGUGAAUGGCACGUUUCCUUCCCUCCUGGCAUCUGGCUCCUCUGCCAAGAGGCUAGCACAAGUAGUGCUGUUCCUUGUUUCCCUUCAGAGAAAGGAGUGGGCCACCCGGAUCCGAGCGUGACCAUCCCCAAGAGGUGCCCCAAGCAGAGCAGUGCGGGAAGGGAGUACUGUGGCCACCAACACGGAGGCGCUCUCAGGGGCAGGGAGCGAGAACCAAUGUAGUCCUGAUGAGAGGCUGCUUGCUGAACCACUCUCUAGGCAAAGGGGGACCCACAGCCAAAGCACUGCUACCAGUAGUUGUCCAAGCUGGGAAGUCCCAAGCUGCAAGCGCCGCGUUGAGAUCUGCAUUUCCACCUUCACUUGGAACCAUUCCCUCCCUUGACCUUCAUAGCCAGGAGCAUGCAGGGAGGAAGAAAGAAUAUACCUCACUCAGCUACAGUUUUGCAGUAUUUCCCCACGCGCUGGUCAUCUUCCCUCUUUCUGACCAACUGCAGCCCCUCUGGGGUGAAGAUGGUCCCAGCUCCCAUUCUCCUGGCACAUUCAGAAAACAGGUUUACAGCUGGGAGAGGAGUUAGCACCAGGCAUUAAAAGCAUUGCAGUGCUAUUAAAGUUGGGUGCUGUGCCCUGGGUCACCAGCAGUGCUGCACCAGAAGGCCAGAGAAUAACCCUUAGCUUUUCAGGGGUGCUGUCAGGGGCAGAAAUUGCAAUGGAGCUCCUCUCCGGCCACCAACGCGAGCCAGGGAGCUCCUACGCUCCUCGCCAACACCAAGGCGUUCACCAUCUGAAGUUAGAUUUUAGGAAGGGGUCAAGGUCAGGCCUGCUGGUAAUUUGGCUCCUGUAAUAUCCUGGACACCCGACACCUUAAUCCAUUUCUGAAAGUUUUAGUUUUAAUUGCAUUAAAAAAAAAAAAAAAAAAAAAAAAAAAAAAGAACACUAAAAAGCCGCAUGUACUGUCAAAAGUAUACAGUCGCUACUGUGAUUGAAGAUUUUUAAUGAACACUCUAUAUCUUCUUGUUAGGUCUGCUAAUGAGCAAUAACUUUAAAACACUGGAUUUGAUAAUUUAAGAGUAAGUAGAAGUUCAUCACUGGUUAAACGUUUGCUGCUAAUUGGCCAGCUGAAAGUGCUGGUUAAACAAGACCUCCCAAAAUAGCAAUACAGAACCUUUACUUGUUUAUACCUACAGUGUUUGAAACACACACACACAUAUAUAUAUAUUUAUGAAUUGUUUGUUUGUCAGUUUUCCUGGAAACUUUUUUUUUUUUGU